CCGCAGGACCUCUUUCACCACGAGCCGCUCAACCAUCAGAGUCCCUCUAUACGACUCCUGCGGAUAUCGAAGAAUCUAUCACGUGAAGGCCUGAUACAGUGUCAAAUCUAUCAUGCAAUGAUAGAGGCGACUUACGAUUGUCUUUUCUAUGUGCGGGGACUAUUCGGCACUAGCAGAGUCAUUCUAUUGAGCAACCGGCUCUUCCUGAUCCGUCCAAAUCUAUUUGCAUUCCUGCAGAUGGCACGUCAAAGUUUCGAUGGAUCAGUGGCUUUUGGUUCGCGCAAUCCAAUGUGGAUUGAUGCGCUGUGCAUCGAUCAUACGAACAUACUCGAGAGGAAUCACCAAGUUGCGUAGAUGGGACAAAUUUACUCUCGCGCUUUAACUGUUCAUGUAUGGCUUGGAAGUAUGUCACGACCGGUCUCGAGCUUGUCCUCGGAAUCCGAUACGCCGGCUCUCGCUCUCUGGAGGGACUGGAGGCAGACGGUGAGCGAGAUUUUCAAAGGCGAGGGAGAACCUGACGCCAGUCUUGAUCAACUCCUCUUCAACUGCCUUGUACAGAAUCCGUAUUUGCAACGCGCUUGGGUUAUGCAAGAGAUAUUUCUCGCACGCGAGCUUGACAUCUGGCUUGACAUGGUUUCCAUGGGACAAAUAGAAUUACGUCGAGUGUGCCGUCGCGUUCUGAACGUACCUUCAAUCAAGACGCAGACUUUUAAAAAGCCAUCACCGUAUCUGAAUUCCCCUAUGAGCUUUAGUCGGAAGUACAUAGCUUCAGACCUGAUCUCGCUUCUUGCCCAAUUUCGAGGCGGAGCAUGUUCCAAUCCCCUGGACCUGAUAUUUUCAUUACUAUCACUGUGCCCUACGGAGGGCAUGCAAGUGAAAGUCGAUUAUUAGCUGUCCUUUGCUUAAUUGAUCUACCAAGUGCUUCAUGCUCGGCUCUGGUUCUGCUUUAAGCCUAACAACCGCGAACGUUAUUGACAGAUGCGGAA